AGUCUCUGAAUCAGUCACCACAUCUCAGUUUCCCCUCUGUCUGUCACUUUCAAGCAUUUCAACUGUUUCUACUCUGAAAUGAAUCUGAUUCAUGACUCAAUGGCUGAAAAGCCCUUUAACAGCUGCCUCUCUCUCUCUCUCCGUGAGAGAGCGUGGCCUGUGGUCUGACGUAUUUGACUGACGCCAGCAUCAACAGGAAAACACCUUCCUCGCAUCUGCAGCUUCCGCAGUUCAGAGCACAUGAGUCGCGCUAACACCAACACCACCAAGUCAGACUGCAACGACCCAGAGGAGAAACCCGGAGGACCAGUCAGGGGGAGACCUCAGGGACCUUAACACGUGGUCUCAGGACUACUCAAGUCCCCAGAGAGGACGGUACGGGAGAUCGUGAAGCUCUCAGUGAAUGCUAGACGUCCAAACCACAAUCAGUGCAGCUGCUGAAGAUACAGACUUCCUCAGACGUCUUCCACACUCCAGGUCCUCAAGAUGCCUCCUCCCUCCAACGUCAGCGGUGGAGGAGCUGAGCGGUGCAUCGUCAACGACCAGAUGACGCCCUUCACCAUUUUCUACAUCCUCAUCCUCAUCGUCAGCCUGCCCGGAAACCUGCUGUCAGUGUGGGCCUUCGUCCGCAGCUCCAGAGCAAAGCAGCAGAGCAUCAGCGUCUACCUGGUCAACCUGCUGGUGGCUGACCUCCUCCUGCUGCUCGCCCUACCCUUCAAGAUCCUGAAGGACCUUGGGGCGGCGCCGUGGAACCUCAUGGUGUUUCACUGCCAGGCCAGCGCCGUCACCAUCUACAUCAGCCUGUACGCUUCCAUCGCCUUCCUCGCCCUCAUCAUCACUGACCGCUACCUGCAGGACUGCCACACUGUGCGCUCUCUGCGGCUGCAGGAAGUCGGCUUCGCCCGGCUGCUGUCUCUGGUCGUUUGGCUGCUGCUGCUGCUCAUCAUGGUGCCCAACAUGGCUCUGCCCAUACAACAGGUCAAGGUGCAGCGGUACCUCAGCUGUUCCUCCCUGAAGAAGGACAUCAGCCUCCACUGGCAUGCCCUCACCGUCUUCCUCUGCACGGCGUUGUUCCUCAACGCCUCCGCCGCUGUGCUCGUCUCCAGCGGACUGGCUCUGAAGAGGCUCCUGGGCAGCCGGAGCGACCCGAAACUCUGGGUCAAGGCCAGGCGGGUGGCAGGGAGUGUGGCGGCCGUGGCGUUGGCCUACAUUCUCUGCUUCGUCCCAUAUCACGUCGUCCGGACACCGUACACGCUGGCUCAGACCAAGGUCAUAACGGACUGCCAGACCAAGAGGCAGCUGUUUCUGGGGAAGGAGUCGACGCUGCUGUUGAGCGUCCUGCACCUGUGCUUCGACCCCCUGCUCUUCUUCUACCUGUACACACCUUUCAGACGGACGGUCAGGAGGAUGCUCCCCUGCUGCAGGAACCAGACAGACGACGACGUGGAGGAACAGGUCGCCGAUGAAAUGAUGCAACAAGACACUUCUGAAGAGCAACAGGCUGUGAUCUCAAAACCCUGAAAUAAACUUGAUUU